CCAGGUUGUGCGGAUUUUUGUCUGUGGGGAGUAGGAAGAAAAACGAUGAGCAAAUGGGAGGAUUUGAUUGAGCAAGAGAUGGCAGAGUUGGAGGAUGAUGGGCAGAGUACGCCGUCGAGCAUGUUCAGCCUGCCGUUGUUACCGGUGGUGAAGAGGUUUGAGGCUGUACCAGGGCCGUCUACGCCAAAGUUGGCUCGUCGUGUCGGAGCUGACAGGAUAGUGCAGUUUCCAGGAGCUGUGCGGGAGCUUGCAGAGAAAUUUUUGAGGUUUGACGCAGAUCGUUGGGCUUGA